AUGGCUAACGAGCCCGCCAACCAUGAGGCCGAAGAGGCUGAAGCCUAUCAAUUUCAACGUCAACUUUCCGAGAAUUCGAUGGAGUACAUGAUAUUUCUCCUUGAUGAUAGUCUCGAAGGUAUCAAAUACCUACAGUGUCUGGAAGCUAUUAGUAAGGAAGCAGCGCGCCGAAUGGACAAAAUCGCCGAAAACUACAUUUGGCAACGAGAUGAAUUUCAACUCCAAGUUGUCAACGACCAAGGCUUAAUAUAUCUUCACGGCACCACAGAUUACGGGGAUGCCGUGGAAGAUGAGUGGCUGACUGUCUAUGUAUUGCGGGAGCUCUCCAAAACAUACCCCAAACUGUUCAUUAGGGUCGCCGAUGAGGACGGCGAAUUUCUCUUGGUGGAAGCAGCCAGUGCGCUGCCAAACUGGCUGAAUCCCGAAAUCGACUACUGCAGGGUUUGGAUUCAGGGCGGAAAACUGAAGAUCAUACCUCUCCUACCUCCCCAAAGCGAAAAGACGAAAACGGCCGUUACCAAGUCACUUACGCUACCUGAGGCCAUAAGCUGCCUGCGGAAGGCGUCGGCGACAUUGAUCCACUCGCCUUCCAUUGAAGAUGAGGCAUUCUAUCGACUGGGCAAGUAUCCCGAACAUGUAGACGUCUCGAUACAUUACUCCACGAUGACAAUCCCGCGAAAGCUGGCCUAUGUUAUACACGAGCUGCCGAAAACUAUAUCCGCCGCCGUUGAAGCUUUUUAUCUCAGGGACCAUGCUGGCAUGAGGAAGAUAACCUCAGAAUCAGAGAAGCUGCAUUUACCUCCAACUGAUAUGGUCACUGUUAGUGUCAAGUUUAGUAGAGUCUUGUUCGCGCAACUGCGCUCUCAGCACUUCGAGGCGCCCAGAAGAUGGCAGAAUAUGACGCAAAAGCAAACAGGAGACGAAAAGAAGGAAAAAGAGCUGGGUAGCAACCUACUCGCCACUGAAGACGGCAUGAAAUUGACUUGCGGGUAUGAAAUGCUUGCCCUGACAGCAGACAAGAACAAGAGCCGCAUCGUUCGCGAGCUCGCCAUUAUGCUUCAGGAUUUUCAGGAGGAUGGCGACGAAGAACUGCCAACAAAUGAGGAUAUCGCAACGUGGCCAGACGUCAGACGUAACGACGACGAAGGCUGGCUCGACAUCGACUAUGAAGACUUUGAGCGCGAGUUGGAAGGAAAUAGAGCAGAAUCGGGCGGCCAACAACCGAUGUCUUCUGGAUUUGGAGACUCCAGAACACAAGAUGACCUACGAAAAAUAGUGUCUCGAUUUGAGGCGUUCCUAAACAACGAGACGGCCGGCUUAGAUGGCGCGGAAAUUGAUGAAAUGGACAUGGACAAUGACGACGACGCUGACUUGGACGACAACGAAUCUGACGAAAACAGCGACAUGGAGGACAAGGAAGUCAGCUUUGACGAGGAGACAUUUUCUUGCAUGAUGAAGGAGAUGAUGGGACUGCCAGUUGACAACCCCACCAUCACGUCCACCGGGCAGUACAAACACAAGACCACAGCUCGGAGCGCAAGAGAUGCUCGCGUAGACGACGACGAGGAUGACGAAGAAGGCGAUAUCAAGAAUCUCACCUUGCAGAUGGAGGCUGAGCUCAAGGGCUACGGCGCCCUGCAGCUAGACGGCCCCAAGUCUCAGCAAAGCAAGCUCGAUGGCGGCGGCGAUCGAGGCAAAGGUAAAGAGAAGGCGAUGGCAGCCGAGACAACUGAAGAAGAGAACGAUGAUGAGGAUUCGGAUGAAGAGGUUGAUGUGGACUACAAUUUGGCCAAGAAUCUCUUGGAAAGCUUCAAGAGCCAAGGUGGCAUGGCCGGCCCAGCAGGCAACCUGAUUGGGCUUAUGGGCAUCCAACUACCAAGAGACGAAGACGACGGCGAAAUGGACAAAUAA